GGAGCUGCUAGCCAAUAAAGACAGGAGAAAUUGUUUAAAAACUUUAGAUAAAAAAUUAGCGAGAGCAAUGAUUCCUGAUAUUACAGUCACUAACUUGAAAUAUAAUAUUGAAUUUUUAAUCAUCGAAAAUGGCAAACUUCAAUCAGUUGAUGACAAAAAAAAAGAAUUAAAUGAUAUUUUUGAGUCUUGCAUGCUUUUACAUGAUAUGCUGUGCAAAAUCUAUAAUGGAAUAACCUUUUAUAAUGCACAAUCAGUAAAAGUUCAAA